AUUGGAGUCGAUUGGUUCCGGCAAUCAGUUGCAACAUGUCGCUGUUCAAUGUCUGCAGCUGGUGGUCUGCCCAGUGUUCCGAUCCUGGAGAGGAAUACGAUGUGGCUAGCUUGCUGUGCGCUCGCUUUGGCCUUGAGACUCAAGAAAAGGAUUACAUUAUUGUCGGUUCCCAGACGGGCCAGCUGAGUAUCUACUAUCCACACAGCAGGGGUUACGAUGCCACCGACCUUCUUUUGGAGAGUCAAAUGGAGGCUCCCAUUAUUGGUCUAUAUGCUGGCAAGUUUAGUGGAAAUGUUCGCAAUGAGAACGCCAAUCAAUUGGGCGUGCUCCUGCCGAACGCCAUUGUCAUUUACAAUGUUGUGGCCAUCGGAGGAUUGGCGGAGCAUGGGACCCAGUUGCGUCUGCAGGUGCAGACGGAGCACAAGUUCCAGCGCGUCUCGUUUGGACUGUGCCAAGGUCAUUUUGGUCAGGUGAAGGGACGGGAGUUUUUCUGCGUGGUGCAUCUGGAUGGCACGCUGACCUUCUUUGAGCAGGAUGGCAUAUCGUACGAGUGCCGAUUCCCAGGACACCGGGCUCUUCCCGCUCCGGUGGCCUAUUGCGAGAGAACCGAUAGCUUCUUUCGAUUUAGUGCCACAUGGGAUCUGCAAUGCUUUAGCUAUCAGGAUCUGUCCCACUCGCUGGUCACCACGAGCAGCUAUCAACCCACCUGGUCGCAGGGCGUCGGCGAAGGCAUUGUCGAUAUGCGGGUGGUGCAAGUAAAGGAAAACUGUUCGUACAUCAUGAUUUUGGGCGAACGAAACUUCAUUUCCUUGGAUGACAAUGGAAAGUUCAACUUCAUGCUCAAGCUGGACUACGCUCCAAAAUGUUUUACCAGUUUUGUGGUUGGCUACUACUGGGAGCCUGGGGCACGUCUAAUCAGCGCCAUCAUUUCGGACUCCUCCAAGUUGCACCUGUACGAAGAGGCCAACAUCAUUUGGGCAGCACAGUGGCCAAAUCAAUCACCCGCUCCGGUGGCCAUACAGCGCUCGAAUGUCCAAAAUCUUGCUGGUGCAAUCGUUACACUAGGCGCGAGGGGUCAGCUCGAUGUGGGCUACCUUGGCGCUGAUCCCUUUCAGUUCCAGGUGCAGCCCCUAAAUAUGGAGGAGCUGAGUUUCGCCCAGGCCCACAAGGAGCUUCAGAAGCUGGAGGACGAGAUCAAGGAAGCAGUGGACGUGCGAGAUAUGGAUGCACUUAAUCAACAGGCGGCGGAUCAAGUGCGACUAAGUUUCACCAUCGAGCAGGAGGCGAACGAUGAUCUGGACACACUCCUCUUAGACGUGCCAGCAGAUGUGGCCGUCAAGGAAUUGCCUUCGGCCAAGGGCUUACUGCGCUGCAAGAUCAAGGCUGAGCUCGCUGAGUUGCAGCUGGUAUUUCAGACCCCAGAUGGAGUCCGUUGCAGUCAGGAUACAGUGAGCUUUGUGAAUGUACCUGCAGGCACAAGCAAGGAAUUUAAGCUGGACUUUUACACUGCGGAGUUGCUUCAUAUUCAUAGCACCAAGGUGGAAGUGGUGGCAUCGUUCUUAAGUACUAGGGGCAUUCCGCGGGUCAUCCAGCAAAGCGCCAACCUUCCUCUGUCCAUGUUCUAUCGCACAUGUCAGCCGCAAAAGGCGGCUGGAAUCAAGCUCACCUACAGCAUCACCAGUCGGCAUGUGAGUCCUAAGCUGGCCACCUUUUUCGGGGAGUUCCUGGAGGAGCAGAGCGAUAGCCAUGCUCUGGGACUCCAAUUACUCUGUCCAGGACUUGAGAAGCAGAGUGAAGUAAUCACCGUAGUGGCUGCCAAAAACUCGAAUCGCUUUCGCAUACAGUCCGACUAUGUGGAGACCUUCGCGAUGAUUCUGGAGCGGAUUGUGGAGAGAACUCUUCAGCUGGACAACUCAGCGGGCCUGAUCAAAAUGGACAAGAAAAAGCCGAAGCGCGGAGUUCUCAAUCGCUGCGUCGAACGCCUUAUGGCGGUUCCUUUUUUACCCGCCCAGCCAAUCCUCCAUCGGAUUGACGUCCACCAUGAAACCCAGCAGAGUAUACGGAAGCAAACGGACCAGCUGGAGGACCUGUGGCAGCAGUUUAAGACCCUUCAGCGUCAAUUGCAGGAGCAAUCGGAGAGUGAGCCCAAGGAGGCUCUCACCAUGCAAAUCGAGUCCAACUACGACCAGCUAAUCCUGGAGGGCGAUAAACUAGUGGAGAUUCGGAGGGAUGAACGCAAACGGCGCUGCGACCUGAACUGCGCCGUAGCAUUAGCCAAAUGGAUUAUUCAUGCCUUGAACCUGGAGGAGCGCGUGGUCAAUGUGGUAAGCUCAGUGCUGAGUGUGCCCAUCGAGGACUGGACUGAACUGAGUUGGGAGGAGUCGAUGGCACCCGGCAUUGAUAUGCUGCAUCAUUUUGGGCCGCUGACCCGCUCGAAAUCCUCAUCCACACAUGGAUUACUGGAUGCCAACGCAGGAACCAAGGAUAGUUUUGAUUACAGCCGCUUUAGACGACACUUUGCCACACUUUUCGACAGGAUUGUAAGAUUAGCAGCAUCCCCAGUGGCAGUUAACAUCGAAAAAGGCAAGGAGGAAACUUCCACGGAGGAGAAGCCAUCGCCAAUACAGCAGGUGGAUGAAAUUGGAAAUAUGCAGCGUAUGCUGGGCGAGAAGGGCUUGCCACUGGUGCCACCAAAGCGAAAGAGCAACAUGAGCAGCUCCCUGGAGGCAGUGGAAGACGAUGAGGAGUACGACGAGGAGGAUCUUCGCGAGGAUGUGGGCUACCGCAAGGAGUAUGGAGCAACCGAUCAGAAGAACCCAAACAACAAGAAGCGAUCCGAGUGGGUGAACGAGGACUUUGAGCUGCCCACCACCGAGGAGCUAUUCAGCGACCUGGGCAUCUGGUGGUAGGCUUAGGGGCAUUGGUUUGGGGGAUUCUUGUCGCAAUAAACGUGCAAACUGUCAAAACCGA